UGCGAGUGCAGACCGGCGAGGAGGGCAUGCCGCUGUCCACCAUCCGCGAGGUGGCGGUGCUGAGGCACCUGGAGACCUUCGAGCACCCCAACGUGGUCAGGUUGUUUGAUGUGUGCACAGUGUCACGGACAGACAGAGAGACCAAGCUUACACUAGUGUUUGAGCAUGUUGAUCAAGACUUGACCACUUACUUGGAUAAAGUUCCGGAGCCUGGAGUCCCCACAGAAACCAUUAAGGACAUGAUGUUUCAGCUGCUCCGAGGUCUGGACUUCCUUCAUUCUCACCGCGUAGUGCAUCGUGACCUAAAGCCACAGAACAUUCUGGUGACCAGCAGCGGACAAAUCAAACUGGCUGACUUUGGCCUUGCCCGCAUCUAUAGUUUUCAAAUGGCCCUUACCUCAGUGGUCGUCACACUGUGGUACCGAGCCCCAGAAGUCUUGCUCCAGUCCAGCUACGCCACCCCCGUGGACCUUUGGAGUGUCGGCUGUAUAUUUGCAGAAAUGUUUCGAAGAAAGCCUCUGUUUCGUGGAAGUUCAGACGUGGAUCAACUAGGAAAAAUCUUGGAUGUGAUUGGACUUCCGGGAGAAGAAGACUGGCCCAGGGAUGUGGCCCUUCCCAGGCAGGCUUUUCAUGCCAAAUCUGCCCAACCCAUCGAGAAGUUCGUGACAGAUAUUGACGAACUAGGCAAAGAUCUACUUCUGAAAUGCUUGACGUUUAAUCCAGCUAAAAGAAUAUCUGCCUAUGGCGCCCUGAGUCACCCAUACUUUCAGGACCUGGAGAGGUACAAAGACAGCCUGCACUCCCACCUGUCAUCCAGCCAGAGCACCUCAGAGCUGAACACAGCCUGAGGUUCCCCAGGGAUGCCAUGAGCUGGUCAUCUAAACAUGGUGGCUGACAAGACCCCUACGAGAGCCUUGCAGAGCAGUUGAAGAUUGCUGGCUGUGGGCUUUCCAGCUGCUGGCUUCCAGAUGCGCUCUGCUUCACCAAGGAAACCACCUAGUUUACUGUUGAGAAAUCAAUGCAAGAGUGAUUGCAGCUUUAUGUUCGUUUACUUGUUUGUCUGUCUGUGUGUUUCAAGAACCUGGAAAACUUCCAGAAGAAGAGAAGCUGCUGACCGAUUGUGCUGCCAUUUCCUUUUCUAACCUUGAAUGCUGCCAAUGUUGGAUGGUCAUCCAGGCCCAGUCGGGUUAGGAUGUAAUCUCUGCAGCUGCUGGGCCUGCUUGGGUACUUGUGAGUGUGUGAGAGAGAUCCCUGAUCUCGUGAAGUGUUACUUUUUGUAGACAACAGGAAUAACUGAAUUGUAAAGACUAAGGAACAAGGGCUUGUUCAGUGAAGGUGAUUCACCAGUGUAGUCUGCUCCAGUUAGAAAGGUGAGCCUAUGUUCUUAGCAUUUCCUUUCUUCCAAAAGCAUUUGCUAGCAGUAAACGAUACAGUUUAGACACCACACAAAAAAAAAUAAUAAUAAAAAAAAAUAAGAAAGAAAAGGGGAGGAAACGCCCUAGUAUCUUUUAAGAGAACUUCUGUAAGCAUGCAUUCUUCUGUUUGCUCUUUGGAAAGCUGAAUUUACUUCUUCUGAGUCCUAUAUAUAUAUAUAGUACAAUACUUAAUUGUUUGUUGGGAAAGGCCCUAUUAGCAUUUUAGUACUUGUCAUAGAUUUAGGGAGUGUACCUCAAAUAGGUUUUGAAGAUAGAGAAAGCCUAGAUUUUCUGGUUUGAAAUGUUACUAUUUCCUUUGUGUUUCUUGUUAUUUUGUUCUUUGUUUUAGGGGUUUGCUUCCUGCUCUGAUUUGGAGAUGGUUCUGACUAGAGACAGGAAUUCCAUUUAGUUCUCUCCACCUACUACCCCGUACUUUCCUCCGUGCAUUUGCCAUGUUCUGCUUUGUUUUUAGGGUGCCCGCCUUCUCCAUUGCCAGCACCUCUAAUGCAUAUUCCUCCCAUUGCCUAACGAAUGGCAGGUUUCCUACCUGCCCCACAUACCACACCUGCCUGCCUGCUGACUCUGUCUCUCACUGAAUGCUUUGCAGAUGGCCUUGUUUACGGCUUAUGGCUCCAAUUCUGCAAUCCUAACAGGGUCCCCUACACUUUCUUAGUAUGGUCUUCCUGCCUGACAUCACUGAGGUCACAUAGGCAGUGUAGAAUACUGGUUCUGUGUGUCACCAGCAUAUAGAUUGCUGUCAGCUAUCACUUAGUGUUUUACAUUUUUAUAGAGUAUAUUGUUAAUGUGUGUGUGGGGGGGGGUGAAUGUCUUUUCCUCCUUUUUAGAGAUAAAUGCCCUCUAAAGGGAUUGUGCUCUCCAUCCCCAGGGUGUUCUUUUUCUAGUGCCCGCUUUCUGCAGAGCCAGCCUGGCUCGGGCAUUAUAAACAACUGUACCUUGCGUCCUCUAUCAGUCCUUUAUAGUCCAUGCCACUUUUGCCCUAUCCUUGGGUUUAGUGCAGUAGCAAUUAGAAGGCUUAGAAAGCAGCCUCGGGGAAGGUUAGCUGUGUUUUGAACCGUGUUUGUUUGGAGCGCAUGUAAGUAGAAGCUAGAUCAUGUUUCAGUGUAGAACUUGAAAAGAAUGGAUGAUGCUUCACACAGUAAGACAGGUUUCAGAUAGUGUUUAUGUAUUCUGAAGCUUUACUGAAGUCUUUGCAGCUGAAUAAUACAUGUGAUUAUCUUGAAUAGAGGAGAGGAAGAUGCCCUUCCCAGAGCUUUGGGGGUUGGGAGUCAUUCUUUUGUUUGUUUGUUUGUUUGUUUGUUUGUUUUAAAUACAUUUUUUACAGUCUUCUGAUUCAGUAUCUUGAGAAACAGGAUUUUUUUUUUCAAAAGCAAGAUUUAAAAAGAAAGCUAGGCCAUGAGAAUGUUCUGUUGUUCACUUCCAUCAUUACAGCACUGGCCAUGUUGUCAGCGCUGUCAAAGGUGGCAGUAAGGCUCAGAGCAGCAGACAAAGUCUCCCAUAGGUCUCACCAGGACAGUGAGUUCUGCCUUGCCUUUCAAUAAGGUUCAAAAUUCAGGCUUUUGCUAGCGCUUAGAAAUCGGACAUAAAACUCACUUCAUCAUGGCCUAGCCUACUCCAUUUUGGAUUAGCAUCCAUGUGAUAAAAUGAAAAACAGUUUUGAGGGCUUUGCUUUUGAAAAAGAAAAAGGUGUUCCUUCCUCCCCCAUAACUUGGUUCAAGGAAAAUACAUCUGUCUUAAACUGGAAUCUUUUGAUAUUCUUCAGAAUAAUGAAGUUCAAUUUCA